AGAGCUAGUGCAAAGAAGAGGGAGGCCUGCGUCACUGUGCGGCAGGUCGAGGCUUCCAAUGGCGACAGGCUGGUGGCAUAAGUGAGUCCGCAAAGACUGUCUGAAAGAUGCAGUCUGCAGGGUAUCCUGACCAAGAGGAUCCUAGCGAGGCAACUCUUCGUAAGCUGGGCAGGCACCCACUCCUGGAAAAGGAAACCUUUGAAAAGCUACAGCGCAAUGAUGUCGUGGAGACCAGGCCGCACAUUCUUCACUUUGGCGGCUUCCAGAUCCACAAGGAGCACACUCAGUUGCUCAAACUUGUGAAUAUCUCACCUUCAUCACUGCGAGUCUCCAUUAUUGGUCCAGCCACCCAAUGGUUCAAGAUCAGGUUUGACAAGAAAGGGCUUUUGGCGCCUGGAAUGAGUGAAGACAUCAUGGUCACCUUCGAGCCACAUGAAUGGCGCUAUUACUAUGACACCAUCAAGAUAUUUUGUGGUGAGUUGUCUGAGAAUCUGAUAGUGCCAAUCCAUGCAUACCCUUCAGCCAAUGAUGUUGUCCUGCCUCGGAUGCUGGACUUUGGUUCCAUAGCAAUUGGAACGCGAGGGUCCUGGAAUUGA